UCCCCAAAACCCUGUUUUACAAAUCUUCCGCCCCGCGCUGCAAUUAAUGUCAGUCGUAGCCGUGUGAAAAUUUUGCUCCCGAUUUCAGGACUUCCCCUGUUUGUUUCCCGAGAAAGGGAGGGAAAACCGGCUCAACAUUUCAGUUUUACCACCCUGGAAGAGUUUCAAUCUCUCAAAUUUGCCCGUUCGAAGUGCUAGGGUUUCGGACGCCAUGUCCUGGGAGGAUGAAAUCGUUAUGCGUGAUGUCACCCAUGCAGGCCUCGUCGUCGGCGACCGCAUUGGCCGUGAAGUCGCGUCGCAGCUCGAUCUUGAAGUAGCCCUAGAAGCUUCCCGAUACGCCAGUCACCCCUAUUCUACUCAUCCCAGAGAGUGGCCACCUUUGGUUGAGGUGGUGGAUAAUUGCGAGUUGCCUCUGGUACUUAUUGAAAGAUACAAUGCAGCAGGUGGGGAAGGAAAUUGAUUAUGUGGGAUUUUUCCCGAGAUUCAUAGGGCAUGGGCAUCAAUAGAUAGCUCCUUGUUUCUCUGGCGUAUCAACAAGUGGGAUGGACAAUGUCCGGAAUAUAGUGGGGAGGAUCAAGCUAUUUGUGCUGUUGGCCUUGCUAAAUCUAAACCUGGUGUUUUCAUUGAAGCUAUUCAGUAUCUUUUGAUUUUAGCAACCCCUGUUGAGUUCAAUCUUGUAGGAGUAUGUUGCUCUGGAGGGGCUGAUGGCACAGAUCCAUAUGCAGAGGUCUCACUACAGCCAUUGCCAGAGUAUACAGUACCAUCUGACGGAAUCACAAUGACAUGUAUCACAUGUACUGACAAGGGUUGUAUUUUCCUUGCUGGGCAUGAUGGUCACAUUUAUGAGCUACAUUAUACGACUGGAUCAGGCUGGCAAAAGCGUUGUCGGAAAGUUUGUCUGACUGCUGGUAUAGGAAGUGUUAUUUCAAGAUGGGUAUUACCCAAUGUUUUUAAGUUUGGAGCUGUUGACCCCAUUGUUGAAAUGGUUUUUGAUAAUGAAAGACACAUCCUGUAUGCAUGAACUGAAGAAAUGAAACUUCAGGUGUAUAUUGUGGGGCAAAAUGCUGAUGGGCCAUUGAAGAAAGUGGCAGAAGAAAGGAAUCUGAUAAAUCAGAGGGAUCAAUAUGGGGGUAGACAGUCAACUGGACCUAGAAGUUCAAAUCGAUUGACAAAGUCAUCAAUAGUCUGCAUAUCACCAUUGUCUACACUGGAAUCCAAGUCUCUACACCUUGUUGCUGUUUUGUCAGAUGGCAGAAGGAUGUAUCUUACCACUUCUCCAUCUAGUGGUACUCUAGGUGGGUUCAAUACAAACCAUUAUAAACCUACCUGUCUAAAAGUUGUGACGACAAGGCCUUCUCCUCCACUAGGGGUCAGUGGUGGACUUGCCUUUGGAAGCAUGUCUCUUGCGGGUAAAUCUCAGAACGAUGAUCUCUCCCUAAAUAUGUAGGCAGGACAUUAUUCUGCUGGUACUCUUGUCCUUUCUGAUUCAUCUCCAGCAACCCCAUCUUCUCUUCUCAUUGUGAGCCGCGAUUCAACUACACAAUCAACUGGGUUAAGUACUUCAGGGAUAAGUUCAAGGAGUUCUUGGGCAUUGCAGGAAUCCAUAUCUUCUUUACCAGUUGAAGGACGAAUGCUUUCUGUAGCAGAUGUUUUCCCCUUGCCUGAUACUGCAACAACCGUACUGUCCCUAUAUUCAGAAAUCGAAUACAGUGGACAUGAAGGCUUGGAUGAGUCCUGUGAAAAGGUAUCUGGAAAGCUUUGGGCCAGAGGAGACCUUUCAAUCCAACAUAUAUUGCCAAGGAGGUGCGUUGUUGUUUUCAGUACUAUGGGAAUGACGGAAAUAGUUUUCAAUAGACCUGUGGACAUUCUGAGGAGGUUGUUUGAGGCCAACACCCCCAGGUCAAUUUUAGAAGAAUUCUUCAAUCGUUUUGGAGCUAGUGAGGCUGCUGCUAUGUGUCUAAUGCUUGCAGCUAGGAUAGUACAUUCAGAAACUCUUGUAAGCAAUGUUGUUGCACAGAAGGUGGCUGAAGCUUUUGAAGACCCAAGAUUAGUUGGGAUGCCACAACUUGGGGGUAUCAGUGCAUUAUCUAGUACUAGAACAACUGCUGGGGGAUUCAGCAUGGGGCAAGUUGUUCAGGAGGCUGAGCCUGUGUUUUCAGGUGCACAUGAAGGGCUCUGUUUGUGUGCUGCAAGGUUACUAUUUCCUCUGUGGGAACUUCCUGUCAUGGUUAUAAAGGGUGGUUUAGGUUCUGCAGAUACUAUGUCAGAAGAUGGGUUAGUCGUAUGCAGACUCUCUUGAGGCAUUGCAAGUCCUUGAAAACAAAUUCGUUCGCUAGUGAAUUUUUUGAGGUCCAGAAAGAGCCAAAGGAGGGGACUUUAUGGUUGUGUUGCUGGUUUAGGAGAUCUAAUUGGUUCUAUUCUUUAUGGAGCUGGUUUAGAAUUAGGUGGUGGUGACCGUGGUAUGGUGAGGAACUUAUUCGGUGCUUACUCAAGGAACACCGAGCCUAGUGAUGGGUAUGGUCCUGCUGAACUAGCAGCAAUGGAGGUGAGGGCAAUGGAAUGCAUCAGGCAGUUACUUCUUAGAUCCAGUGAAGCCCUGUUUCUGCUCCAGCUUCUUUCACAGCACCAUGUCACAUGCGUGGUUCAGGGGCUUGAUGCUAACACAAGACAGAAAUUAAUUGGAAUGACAUUUCAUCAGUUAGUUUGUUCAGAGGAAGGUGACCACCUUGCGACAAGGCUAAUAUCUGCUCUUGUGGAAUAUUAUACUGGUCCCGAUGGCAGGGCAGUAGAUGAUAUUAGUGGGAGAUUACGGGAAGGCUGUCCAAGCUAUUAUAAGGAGUCUGAUUACAAGUUUUUUCUAGCUGUGGAGUGUCUUGAGAGAGCUGCUGUAACUCCAGAUCCUGAGAAGGAGAGUCUUGUUAGAGAAGCCUUCAAUUUCUUAAGUAAAGUUCCAGAAUCUGCUGAUUUGCGAACUGUUUAACGGUUUGAGGAUUUGAGGUUUUAUGAAGCAGUGGUUUGCUUGCCUUUACAAAAGGCACAGGCUCUUGACCCAGCUGGUGAUGCUUUUAAUGACCAAAUUGAUGCAGCAGUUAGAGAGCAUGCACUUGCUCAACGUGAACAGUGUUAUGAGAUUGUCAUCAGUGCGUUGCAUUCUCUGAAAGGCGAGCCUUCUCAGAGGGAGUUUUGUUCUCCUUUGAGGCCUGCUGCACGAUCUGUCCUUAAUCAGGUCUCUCCGAACAAAUAUAUUUCCCAGAUUGUUCAGCUGGGCAUUCAGUCCCCUGACAGAUUAUUUCACGAGUAUUUAUAUCGUGGUAUGAUUGAUUUGGGCCUUGAAAAUGCAUUGUUGGAGUAUGGAGGUCCUGAUUUGGUGCCAUUUCUAGAAAGUGCUAUUUCUGGGGUAACAUCGGCCUGUUCUCCAAUUGGUCACUCAGGAACAAGCAUCCCAUCCCAUCAAGCCAAAUAUUCUGAACUGUUGGCACGGUAUUAUGUUUUGAAGAGGCAGCAUCUGCUUGCAGCUUGUGUAUUACUAAGACUGGCAGAGAGGCGCUCAAAUGACACGGUGGAUGUUCCAACUCUAGAUCAAAGGUAUCAUUACCUAAGUAAUGCAGUUCUACAGGCAAAAAAUUGAAGUAACAAUGAUGGCAUGGUAGGUUCUGCUCGAAGUGCUUAUGAUGAUGGGUUGUUAGAUUUGUUGGAAGGAAAGCUUUCUGUCCUUCGUUUUCAGAUGAAGAUCAAGGAGGAACUUGAGGCUUUUGCUUCCAGGAUAGAAGCUUUGCCUGAUGCAUCAGAGCCUGUCCAAAGUGGAACUUCUGGUGAUGCCAAUCUUGCAAUUAUUGCGCGAGAAAAGGCCAAGGAGCUAUCAUUAGAUUUAAAGAAUAUAGCUCAGCUCUACAAUGAAUACGCUCUUCCAUCUUGGGAGAUGUGUCUAGAAAUGCUAUUUGCAUACUAUUCUGGUGAUGCUGAUAGUAGCAUCGUACGGGAGACUUGGGCUAGAUUGAUUGAUCAAGCUCUUUCAAGGGGUGGCAUUGCUGAAGCCUGUGCAGUUUUGAAGAGAGUUGGUUCUCACAUUUAUCCUGGAGAUGGAGCUGGUUUACCCUUAGACACAUUGUGUCUGCACCUCGAGAAAGCUGCAAUGGAUCGACUGGAAUUAGGGGUUGAAUCAGUUGGGGAUGAAGAUGUGGCAAGGGCUCUUCUUGCUGCAUGCAAGGGUGCAACUGAGCCUGUAUUGAACACUUAUGACCAACUGUUGACGAGUGGUGCUAUUUUGCCUUCACCAAACCUUAGGGUACGCCUUCUCCGAUCAGUGCUAGUAGUACUGCGAGAGUGGGCAAUGUCUGUGUUUGCACAGAGAAUGGGUACUAGUGCUACUGGAGCUUCGUUAAUUUUAGGUGGAACUUUCUCGAUGGAGCAAACAGCAGUCCUCAACCAAGGGGUUCGAGAUAAAAUCUCAAGUGCGGCAAACAGGUACAUGACGGAGGUACGAAGGUUGGCCCUUCCACAAAGCCAGACUGAAGCUGUUUACCAUGGCUUUCGAGAACUCGAAGAAUCGCUGAUAAGUCCCUUUUCUUUUGAUCGGUUUUGAUUGUUCAUUGUACCAUAUGCAGUGUACGAAAAUUUUCUUUUUACUUACAACAUUUUUUCUUUUAAAUUAUGUUGUAAUUUUCUGCAAAAGCGACUGUAGCGAUGAACAAGGAAUGACACUUUAGUUUCUUUU